AUGGAGGGCGAGAGUACCUCGGCGGUGCUGUCGGGCUUCGUGCUCGGCGCGCUGUCCUUCCAGCACCUCAACACGGACUCGGACUCGGAAGGUUUUCUUCUUGGGGAAGUGAAAGGAGAAGCCAAGAAUAGCAUUACUGAUUCCCAAAUGGAUGAUGUUGAAGUUAUUUAUACAAUAGACAUUCAGAAAUAUAUUCCGUGUUAUCAGCUUUUUAGUUUCUACAAUUCUUCUGGUGAAUUAAAUGAGCAAGCACUAAAGAAAAUACUAUCAAGUAUCAAAAAGGAUGUGGUGGGUUGGUAUAAAUUCCGACGCCAUUCAGACCAGAUCAUGACAUUUAGAGAAAGACUACUUCACAAAAAUUUACAGCAGCAUCUUUCAAGCCAGGAACUUGUUUUUCUGCUAUUAACACCAAGUAUAAUAACAGAAAGCUGUUCUACUCAUCGGCUGGAACAUGCCUUGUAUAAACCACAGAAAGGACUUUUUCAUAGGAUACCCUUAGUGGUGACCAACCUGGGCAUGUCUGAACAACUAGGUUAUAAAACUGUAUCAGGUUCCUGUACAUCAACUGGUUUUAGCCGAGCAGUAAAAACACACAGCUCUGAAUUUUUUAAAGAAGAUGGAUCUUUAAAGGAAGUACACAAGAUAAAUGAAAUGUAUGCUUCUUUACAAGAUGAAUUAAAGAGUGUAUGCAAACAGGUAGAAGAGAGUGAGGAAGCAGUAGAAAAACUUCUAAAGGAUGUAAACAGAUUAAAACAAGAAAUUAAAAAAAGAAAACAAGCACAGAUUCAAGCAGCACGAGAGAAGAAUGUCCAAAAAGACCCUCAGGAGAACAUCAUUCUUUGUCAAGCUUUACGGACCUUUUUUCCAGACUGUGAAUUUCUUCACUCGUGUGUUAUCUCCUUGAAAAACAGGCAUCUCUCUAAAAGUAGCUGUAAUAACAAUCACCAACUCAAUGUGGUAGACAACCUGACCUUAAUGGUAGAAUACACUGACAUUUCUGAAGCUAGUCCAGCUAGCAUUGCACGGCAAGAAAUGAAGCGUAAAGCGUUAGAUACAGAUGACAGAAGGCAAUUCAAGAAGUUACGGCUGUUGGAGAUACAAAAUCAACCAUCUAAAACAGAAACUGAUAAUAGUAACCAAGAAAAAUCAUCCACAAGCAGCCUGGAAACAGAUGAGGAGAUUGAGAAAAUGAAGGAUUCUGGUGACUAUCCAAGAUCUCCUACAUUUUGA